GGCAGCGCGACAGCAACUGGAGGGCAGAGGAGGCGGGUUUGUGUUUCCCGGGCCUAACCGGGUUGUGGGGGGCGCGGGGCCUAGGCCAGGCGGCAGCUAAGGCCCGCAGUGACAGCAUGAGUGAAGGGGAGUGGGGCGGAGGAGGCCUUGGGCUGCUUUGGGCGGCGGGUGAGGGCAAGGGGCUGGUGGGCCGGAGUCCCGGGUCCAGGCCUGGGCUUUGAACCGCGGUUGGUGUUUCCCCGAUCCCGCAGCGCGGCCCGUCCCGUCCUCGCCAUGAGGCCGCAGCAGGCGCCGGUGUCGGGAAAGGUGUUCAUUCAACGAGACUACAGCAGUGGCACACGCUGCCAGUUCCAGACCAAGUUCCCCGCGGAGCUGGAGAACCGGAUUGAUAGACAGCAGUUUGAAGAAACAGUUCGAACUCUAAAUAACCUUUAUGCAGAAGCAGAGAAGCUUGGCGGCCAAUCAUAUCUUGAAGGUUGUUUGGCUUGUUUAACAGCAUAUACCAUCUUCCUAUGCAUGGAAACUCAUUAUGAGAAGGUUCUGAAGAAAGUCUCCAAAUACAUUCAAGAGCAGAAUGAGAAGAUAUAUGCUCCACAAGGCCUCCUCCUGACGGACCCCAUUGAGCGAGGACUGCGAGUUAUUGAAAUUACCAUUUAUGAAGACAGAGGCAUGAGCAGUGGAAGAUAAACCAUAGAAUUAAAGAUCCCACUUCCAGCCGGGCCCCUCAUGUAUCCACUGGCCGACCGCAGAGUGUCCCUACCUCCUCUCCAGAGCAUCAUUCCUUUCUAUCUGCUGCCAGAGCCACGGUGCCAUUUACUCCAAGGACUCACUUUCUACAAUUCCACACCUGGAGUGACCUCUCGUCGCUCAGCAUCCACUUUGUGUCUCCAAAUCGUGUAGGACUCUGUAAUCUUUUGAUUAGCUCCUGAGAAAACACAAUGAAGCAUUUCACUUUUUUAUUCAGAGCCAUUUAAUAAAACACACAGUUGGUCAGCCCAGUGCAAAGCUUAUUUCUUAUCUGCCACCAGUACGUACCAUUGGUUCUCUUCAUUCCUUGGGCCAGCUUCUCAGGUGGCUUUAGACCUCAACGAGUCGUAUCUUAGCCAGUGUUCCAUCUUGUUCCCCUAAAUUAGUAAAAUGCUUUUCUCCAGGAUUUUGGUGAGGGGUUGGCUGUGACUGUGGUUUUGCUAAUUCAUCUCCCAGAUUUCAAAGAAUUACCGGUUUUGCCAUGACUCAAAUCUUAAGAUCUGUUUCUACUAUUUAGUUUCUCAAACCGAAGCUCAUUGAAAAAAUACUGUAUAAUGUUAUUUGUUUUAUCAGAGCAGUUAUUCCUAAUUAAAGCAGUAUUUAAUGCAAUUUCCAGUUAUUUCUUUGGAGAAUUUUAUGUCAUCGUUGCAUUACCCUGAAUGUUGAGAAGAUGUGAUGUGUGUUGCUUGUUCAUCAAAAAUCAGUAAGCACAAUAAAGUGGAUGCCAAACCAUCAAACACUUAGAUGUUCCUGCUAUGUCCCUGGAUAUGUAAUAAGCAAGUAUAAAAAAUAAUUAUAGUUUUGUUAUAAAUAUAACUUAUGAGAAAAAAAUUUGAUAGGAACAAUACUGUAUAUUACUAAUUUUUAACUAUCCCUACUGGCGAACCUUAUGACUCACAGAAUUUUCUCAUAUACAGUAUUCAGUGCACAAGAAAUCUUAUGAUUGGGUCAAGUACAGUAAGUUAUUUCUAAGAAAAUCUCUCAAGUCCGAGUCAGUAUUGUAGCUCUCCUUUUGACUGUAUGUUCCUAGGAUCAGGGCUGCUUAUGCCUUUCAUUCAUCCUUGGGUUUGAGAGCACUGUAUUUGGGAGAGAGUUUAAAAAUACAUUAAGAGAGGGAGACCAUUGAAAGUUUCACUGUCAGAAAUAUUGUAGGUGCUAAUACUGGAUUUCGUCUUUCAGAUUUAAUUUCUUUUAUGCGUCUGUUAGUCAUUCAAUAAAGCCCGUAAGUAUGUGUAACAUUUUAAUUGUGUAAAACUUGUUACCUUACAGCCUGUAACAGUGUGUCUGCAUUUUCAACCGGUUGCAAUAACUUUGCUGAAAUAUUAACACAUUAAUAAAACUUUUCUUAAACAAA